AUGGCCACCGAAACCUCAAACACAACGGAGCAAGAGCGAGCUGCGUACCUCCUGGACGCACAGACCAAAGCGGUCAAGCUAUUUGAGGAGAUCGAGAAAUCUGUAGUCCGGCCCGGCAUCAGUGAAAAAGAACUCAGCGAUGAGAUCCAUGAUCUCGGUGCGAAGCGCUACGAUGUAAAAAGCCAUUGGCAUAAGCGCGUUAUCAGAAGCGGACCAAAUACCUUGUUUCCUUAUGCCGAAAACCCUCCUGAUCGCGUCCUUCAACCCGACGACAUCCUUUUCGUGGAUCUAGGCCCAGUGUUCGAAGCCUGGGAAGCCGAUUUUGGUCGUACGUUUGUGCUAGGAGAUGAUCCGAUCAAGGAGAAGCUGCGCGACACACUAGAGCCGCUGUGGAAGCAGGUCAAGUCGCGUUUCGACAGCAACCCGAACAUCACAGGCGAGGAACUGUAUCAAAUCGCCUGCGAUCUCGCCCAGGAGGCCGGUUAUGAGUUCGGCGGGUCCCAUUCAGGGCACCUUGUUGGCCAAUUCCCACACGAGCGCAUCCCGGGAGAUAAAGUCGAAUACUACAUCACCACGGGCAGUCAGAAGCCGAUGAGGCGCACGGGCAAGGAUGGUCAGCUAUUGCAUUGGAUCCUAGAAAUCCAUCUUGUGGAUCGUGCCCGCCAGAUUGGUGGAUUUUAUGAGCAGCUCUUGACGGUUGAUUGA